AGCUCGCACGUUUUAUUCAAAAUACAUUAAGAAGUUGGCCGUAAUAGAUUUAAUUUAAGUUGUUCAUAGCUUUAUAGAUCAAUAUAAAUAAAUUGCCCCGUAACCUUCUACCAUAAAGUGCAAUUACGUUUAUAUGUUUACAUAAGGAGCAGCAGGAACAGCAAUGACAACGCGGUUACAAGAAGGCCUACUGGUCGGAUGUGGAAAUCCGUUGUUGGAUAUAUCGGCCACCGUUCCGAUGGAAUUCCUGCGCAAGUAUGACAUGAAUGAGGAUGAUGCUAUACUGGCAGAGGAACGCCACAUGCCUAUUUAUCGGGAGCUGGUAGAUAAUCAUCAGGCCGAGUUUCUGGCGGGCGGUUCAGUUCAGAACUCUCUGCGCAUUGCACAAUGGAUACUGGGGCAGCCUAAGGUGGCGGUCUUCUUUGGCUGUGUGGGCAAGGACGAUUAUGCGGAUAUAUUGAGAACAAAGGCACGCGAGGCUGGCGUUGAUGCUCACUACCAGGUGACAGACGACACGCCCACAGGUACAUGUGCAGUGCUAAUCACAGGUACCCGUCGUUCGCUCUGCGCUAAUUUGGCAGCAGCAAACAAAUUUACAAUCGAUCACCUAAUGGAUGCGACCAACAACGCGCUUGUAGAAAACGCAUCCUAUUACUACAUCUCGGGCUUCUUUUUGACUGUCUCUCCGCCCAGCAUAAUGCGCGUGGCUGCCAUCGCAAAUGCCAAACGGAAACCGUUUCUAAUGAACCUCAGCGCACCAUUCAUAUCGCAAGUCUUCAUGGCACCGCUGCUGGAUGUAAUGCCCUAUGUGGACAUAAUUUUCGGCAACGAAGCGGAGGCCCAUGCCUUUGCCACUGCGCAAGGCUGGCCCACCGACGACCUGCGCGAGAUUGGCAAGCGUCUAGUUGCGCUCAAAAAACUGAAUACAGAGCGGCCAAGGAUUGCCAUUCUCACGCAGGGCUGUGAUCCAGUGUUACUUAUACAGCACGACUCGAUCCAGGAAUUUCCAGUUAAAAUGUUAGCGGUGCAUGAAAUUGUGGAUACCAAUGGCGCUGGAGAUGCUUUCGUUGGCGGUUUCCUUUCGCAGUAUGUGCAAGGAAAAUCCAUGGAUGUGUGCAUACGCUGUGGGAACUAUGCGGCUGGUCAUAUCAUCAAAAAUCCAGGUUGCACCUAUUCAGGAGCGUCAGAAUUUGUUGAAUAAUUUUUAACCAAACUUACACACACACACGAAGCCACCUAAAUAUAUACAUACUUCAAAUAUCGGACAAACACAACACACACACACACGCACAUACAGCCACACAGCCUAUAAAGAGAUUAGAAUUGCGUAAAUAGUUUUGCAAUUAAGUUGAAAGUGACAACGAUUGUUUUGUUGACAAUUAUUAAGUGUAAAUAUCAUAUACACAGUCACACACAGAGACAGCUAUGAAUUAUAUGAAUGUAUACUAUGGCUAAUAUACAAAGUUAGAGCAAUAUUCGAAUUUAAAUUCAUAAAAAUAAAAAGCAACAAACAGACAC